AUGAAUGGAAAUACAACUUUAACGUUAGCUUUGUCUCAUUCAACUCCUACUGGUAAUGUUUCAGCUAUUUCUCCCUCAACAAUAGCUACUCCAAAAUUGUAUAGUAUCGCAUCAAGUCCAACAACAAUGCCAAUACCAAAUCCCAAUAAUUCAUCCCAAUUAAUUAAUGGAACAUCUACGGGAAUUAUACCAUCUGUAUAUGCGGCUUCUUUAACGGGUUCGUCUAUUCCAGCAAAUAUAUCCAUUCCACAACCUCCAAAUUCAUCACAAUCAACUACUGCAUCAGUAACAGAUAUGGCACUUGUUGCAAAUGAUACCCAACCUAACCACGCAACGAUAAAACCUUCACUCACUACUUCAAAUACUAUAAGUUCCUCUGUGCAUAAUACAACUUCUAAUAGCUCAAAUGCCAAUGUAAACGCAUCAGCUCCUAAUGGUACUAUAGGGAAUACAAAACAAUCUGCUCAAGUACCUCCACAAAAUUCCUUUACAUUCUCCCAAUUUACCCAAUCACCUUCACCUACAAAUGCAAUUCAGACUUCUAUGGAUGCAUCAUCUCCUUCUGCUCCUUGUUUAAUUAUUUUUCCUGCUAUUAUAUUUUUUGUUAUAAUAAUAAUAGUUUCUUAUUACUAUAAGGAUUAUAUUUGUUAUGAUAAUAAUAGUUUAUUAUUAUUACUAUAA